AUGGCAUCGCAAGCAAACGGGGAAGUGUUCGGUCCACCAAAUGAGACGAAAUACGAAUCACCUGAAAGUAUGUUGCCCAGCAAGAGUGUACAACAAAUCAAAGAGCUCAUAGACUCUGUCAAAAUCCUCUCGGCCGGAGAUAGUUUCAAAUACGCCGACGGACUAUUUAAUGAAAUGACCUGCCUAAGACAAGCAGCUAAGGUGAAUGAAGAUGAGGUUGGGAAUCUACAAAGCCAAAUGCAGCAAACAAAGACCAACUCUAAGAUCGCACGCCAAGAAUUUCUCGAAUCCCAUCAAGAAACUGUCCAGAGGCUCAAGGAAGAAAAAGGUGAGCUCUGGGUUAAGCUCGAUCUUGUGGAAAAGGAGCUGGAAUCCCAAGAGAAGCUCAACAAGAAACAGACCGAGGCCCGACAGGAGCUGCAGCUCGAAAUCACGUCGCUUUCGAAUAAAAUUCAAAGCCUAGAGGAAUCAAUCUCGCGAACACAAAGCAAAGUCAAAGAGCUUGAAAGCAAGUCGGCUGAAAAGGACUCCACAAUAAUACAGCUCCAACAGAAUCUGGAGCAAAAAGAAGUUAUUAUCUCGAAUAUCGAAGGGAGCACCAAGGCUCUAGAACGAGAGAAGAGAGACCUGAGAAAUCAAUUAGAUGACACUGACAGAAAGCUCAAAGCGUUAAUGGACUUCUGUUAUCCUCUUUCUUCUGAAUCCCGCGACGAAGUCCGCAACUCAAUGAGGGGGGUUUGGCGAUCCUGCUUUGAUGUAGUGAAAACAAACAUAUGGAAGGAGCUACCUGUUCCCGAGAAAGAAGAGGACAUAAGAGCAUGGAGAGCGUUGAAACAGGUGCCGGAAGCGACACAUGCGACUCCGGUACCCUAUUCCAACACCCGUGCUGCAAAACAAAUGCGUACCUUCUUGGUGAUGGCAGUCCUGUCCCGCUCACUAACAAAUCACAUUUUUACUCCGACAUAUAUCGUCGAAGAGGAGAGUGAAUUAAGAGAUUUAUUGUUCGAGAUAUCGGAUAACGCAAGGAAAGAAUUUCUACGCGGCAUGAUCAUGUCCCUAUUCGAGAGGAAACAGAGGGAGAUCGCAACACAAAGGGUUUCUACGGUGGUACGAGAAGUCCUCAGCCCAGUCCAGGACCUUCUCGGGCUCGACGCGGCUCAAAAGUUUAGCGGAGAGCUGAAGUCCAAGGUACAAGAGGCGGAAGACAUUUGGUGGGGCCUACAGCGACAUAAGAGUCACUUUGAAGCCGAGGUUAAGUGGGAAACCGAGAGUUGGGAAUGGCAAUCCAUCCGAUUCUCUAAUGACAGCGACCAAUUGAGCUCACAUGCUGUGGAUGUCGAAGCGUUCGAUACGGACGAAGCUGUCCUAACCCUGUUCCCCAGAAUCUUUGUCGCGGACGGCUCAAGUGAUGUUCCUAUCUUUCCUGGUGUGGUUCUCCAGAAGUCGCAGACAGCGAGCGCUGAGCAAGAAAUAAAUCAGAUCGCUGCAUCCAGUCCAGUCGAAAUCAAACCGGGACGAACUCAUCGAUCCACGCGAGCGAGGAGAAUGACUGCAAACGGCGCUGGAAAGAUUGUCAGAGAUGAAGAAGGGAAGGUCCCUUUUUUAGGCUCAAGGGGCUAA